UAUGAAAGUGUCACAAAAUUAUAAUUUUAGGUGCUAGACCAGGACGAAAAAAAUUUUAUAUACCAAAUGGUAAAAAUAAAAAAACUUUAAAGUUGUAAACUGAGGUAUUCCCAAAAAAAAAAAAUAUAACAAUCGCGCCCUAUUUUCGUCUUUCCCGAUUGACCCAUUACCCGAGUUUCACUCUCAUGAGCCAUGGCUUCCACUCCUGCCGCGAACCCAACCGUCCACGGCGGCGACAACGCUGAUGGCUCCUACUUUCAGAAAACAGUAUGUCUGCACGAUUGGUGGUUGAUUAUAGCCGAAAAUGACGUCGGAGGGAAGGGGCUAGCCGUCGCCGGCGUGACUUCUAGAGAGAACGAAGCCAGGAGAGUGUUUUCGUCUGCACCAAUAAGUAAAAGAUUCGAUAUUUUCACUCUGGAGACGGUGGAUGGCAUCUGUGUAGCCAUCAAAGGGUUCAUAAACGAGCAGAAGACUAUCGAAAACGGGUUUCCGUCUGAGGUUUUUAGUCAUUUUGUUUUUGGCUUUCCUCCUGACUGGGAACAAUGUGUUGUAAAGUUCUUUGGAGGAGAUUCUAGCAUUGCUGGAGCUGGUCCUGAAAGUACUUCUCAUUCAGGAGUGGAUGCAGGCACAGAAAGUUCUGCUCCGACUGCUGUGCAUUUUGAUCUGGAAGAACCUCCACAUGAACAGCUCUCCUCUGAAGAUAGGCAUGGUGUUGAAGUCACAAAGCAAUCUUCUAAGCCAUUUAUAAAUGUUGCUGUUGAUGACACAGAAGUUGAUGACAUGCCCAAGCAUGCUGCUGAGGAGGAAACAGGAAGAGCGAAUUUUGGAUCAGGAGAUUUUCAGGGUAUUGGUAGACCAACGAAUCUGGAAAGCAAUCAGAAGAAACCUGUAUCCAGAUGCUUUACGAAGAAUAAGAUUACAAAAACUAGUGUGGCGUCAGAGGCCAUUGAGAACCUUGGUGGAGCAUCGGUUGCAACUAUUCAGUCUGGAGAGAAAGUGGACAUAUCAGAGGAAGAUCCAAGACUUUCUUUGGGUGAACUGUUCAGAAGUUUGUCAAAUCUUUUAAGUAGUAAGGGGAAAGAGAAGCAAAUGCUGGAAAGUGGAUUGAACUGUGAGAGAAAUACAGUGGAUUCUGUUCCACUUCCAGCAGUCUCUAAAACUGCGAGCAACACUUUAGAAAAUGACAAUUAUAAGGGGAAGGGGAGAAGUAUGUCCCAUCCUUCUGCUUCUGAGCUUCAAGAACCAAGUACAGUGGAUUCUGUUCCAGCAGUUGCUAAAACUGUGAGCUGUUCACAAAAUGGUAAUUGUGAAGUAGGAGGGAGAAGUAUGUCUUGUCCGUCAGAUCCUGAACUUCAAGAACCAACUACAUUGGAUUCUGUUCCGGCAGUCUCUAAAACUUUGAGCAACACUUCACAAAAUGAUAAUUGUGAUGUAGGAGGGGGAAGUAUGUCCCGUCCUUCAGAUCCUGAGCUUCAAGAACCAACUAUAGUGGAUUUUGUGCCCACAGUCCCUAAAACUCUGGGCGACACUUCAAAAAAUGAUUAUUGUGAAGUAGGAGGGAGAAGUAUGUCCCAGCCUUCAGAUUCAGAGCUUCAAGAACCAAACGGCGGGAACGUGAUAAAAAGACUAGAUUUUGACUGUCUAGAAGAUUUGGAACCCACCGGCAUUGGAAAACAGGGACCAACAGCUCAAGUUGGAGAAGGGGCAGUUAACGCCAUAACAGAAAACACAUCCAGGAAGAAAACUAGGAGAAGAACUACCAAUAUUGUAGUUGGAGAAGGACGAAUUGACGCCAAAACAGAAAACACACCCAGAAAAAUGAGUAAGAGAAGAACUACCAAUAUUGUAGUUGGAGAAGGACAAAUUGACGCCAAAACAGAAGACACAUCCAGUAAAAAGAGUAAGAGAAAAACUGCCAAUAUUGCAGUUGGAGAAGGAAAAACUGAUGCCAAGAAGGAAAACACACCCAGGAAGAAAGCUAAGAGGAAACCAACCUUUGAUGCUGCGGAAUCUCCCACUCCAGAGGAGAACAAGAAAGUGUCUAUCGUUUCUCCAGAAUCUUUGAAUUUGAAACGGUCCAGAACAGGGAGACUACUUCUACCCACCAUGGAGUUCUGGCGGAAUCAAGCGGCAGUCUAUGACUUGGAUCGUAACAUUACUGGAAUUCAGGAUGACCGACCUGUAGUAACACCAUCAAGAGGCAGCAAAUCUGGGUCUCAGAAAAGCAGACUACGAUGAUAGAGAAUCUGAACACAGGUUACGGGUUGGAACAAGAAUCUCAAGGAGUUUGGGGCGUACUAAAAGCAAAGAGGCACGUGUCAGGGAUUCUAACACGGAUGGGAGAGAUUAGAGGCUGUUAACUCAUGUCAAGCUGACCGCUACUCGAUGAUAACCAUUUUGGAAAACUGCACGAGUAUGUAUAGGAGACAACCUGAACUCGGAUCUAUCGUUUCUACUCUACGCAUUGGAUUUAAGUGAAUCGUUGUAUUGUCGUGAUUAUUUAGAGUGCUUUUGUAACCCAUGUAGACUAAUCAUUGCAAUUCAACAAUAAUGACUUAUUUCGUUCGUUCGUCUAA